AACAUUUAUUUAUAAAUAGAACACGUGCGUGAUUAUAUCGACUAACAAAAAGUAAACCGAUUUCAGCAUCAAUAUUCUAGCCAUGAAUCGAAAGAAGGUGCCAUCAGUCAGCAUAGGAGACAAAAUAAACGAACUUCUAGCACCGAAGCAAUUACAUGAUCCUGAAUACAAUUCGGAAGAUGAAACUGUCGCUAAAACCAGAUACUAUGAUUCGGAAGAGGAGGAGGACAAUCAACCAGUUGCCGAACUAAGCCACAUCAGAAAGAAAAAUGUUCGACUGCUCCAAGACAUCGAUGCCAAGUAUAGCGGCAAAAUUAGUUCGCGGAAUGAAUUGGAUGUGUCAAGUGAGUAUGAAGAAAGCAGUGACAGUGAGCCGGAGACUGGUGAUUUUGCAAUCAAAUUGAAAGAACUAGACAGCGAUGAUGGUGAGAACGUUGACACAGACACCGAUGAUGACGGUAAAGGAUCGAAAAGUAUUGAAUCAAACAGUGGCGACGAGGUCGAUGAAGCUUUUGGUGAGGGGGGAGACGAUGAAACCGAAGAUGAGGAGUCGGAGCACAGUGAUCAAGAUGAUGAUGAUGAUGAUGAUGGAUCCUCGUCAGAAGGGAGUGAAAGUGAUUUUGACGGUGGUGACAUUAUACCAAGAGAUCAGAAUGGAACAAAUCAUGAAAGUGAUGGUGAAGUCGAAGAAAAAGAAGAUGAAAAUCAGACAAAAAUCAGCAAAGAUGUAGAGAAGGGUGUCUCGGUUCAAAAUCAACUGCACAUUUGGGAGAAGUUACUUGAGAUUCGAAUUCACUCACAAAAAAUGCUACUGAAAGCGAACGGAUUACCGCAGGCGAAUUCUUUCCAACAGCUCCAAUCGAAUACUGAGUUCAACGAAGCCGUCGAAAAGACAUCAGCAAAUGUGGACAAACUACUGACUAAACUGUGCACACUUCAGAAGGCACUGAUCAACCAGUAUCCCGAAACGAAGGAGAUCGCCGGAAAACGUCAACGAACUGAUGACGGUGAUGAACCCGACAGAAUCAGUAAAAUAGGCAAGAAACUGCAACAUGAUUUCGCCGACUUCAAAGAUUAUCGGAAUGCGACAAUUUCAAAGUGGUACGAUCGAACAAAAGUGUUAACACCUGGCGCCUCCAAAACCUUGAAACAACCAACCUUCGAUAUCAUUCGCAACAUUGAAGGAGUGUUAUCGAACAGGGACGAGCUCAUCAAAAAGACGCAAACGUACAAGGGCGGAUAUGAAAUAAUUGGAAUGGAUACAACCAUCAAGGACAAACUGAAUGCUGGUACUGGUGAGGCGAACGGAGAAACUGAGCCGAUGAUUUGCAGUGAAAUCUACGACGAUACAGAUUUCUAUCAUUCACAACUGAGAGAGCUAAUCGAAUUCAAAACAAAUGCCUCAACGAAUCCGGCUGACGUGACGAAACAAUUUGCGGAAUUGCAGAAGUUACGCAAUAAAAUCAAAAAAGUCGUCGAUACACGGGCGUCCAAGGGUAGGAAAAUUCGUUAUGCUGUCCAUAAUAAAAUGGUAAAUUUUAUGGCACGAAAUGAUCCAACUGAAUGGUCAAACGAAGCGAAAACUGAACUAUUUUCAUCGCUAUUUAGCAGUCGAACGGGGUGAUAAAGUUUUGGUAAUAAAUUUCUUUUCUUUUGUUUUAA